CGCCUCGGACGGGGCUUUCCGGCGGGGCUGCGCGGGCGAGGCGGCGGCGGCGGCGGGGCGAUGCUGCUGACGGUGUUCUGCCUGCGGCGGGACCGCUCCGAGCUGACCUUCUCGCUGCAGGUGGACGCGGACUUCGAGCUGCAGAACUUCCGCGCCCUCUGCGCCCUCGAGUCCGGCGUCCCCGCCUCCCAGAGCCAGAUCAUCUUCGGCGAGCAGCCACUCACCGACAACCACCGGUCGUUGGCGUCUUACGGCCUGAAGGAUGGCGACGUGGUGAUCCUGCAGCAAGUGGAGAAUGGGCAGGCACUGUCCCCGGCCCCCUUUCCUGGCCUGCCCAGGAUAGACUUCAGCAGCAUCGCCGUGCCGGGGACGUCCACCCAGUUGUCCCAGUCUCUACAGCUGCCGCCCCCAGCCCCCGCCCCACCUGAUUCCACAGGGGCCCCAGCCCCUCCCGAGCCACCCUCCAUACCGCAGGGCCUGGACAACCCGGCCCUUUUGCGAGCAAUGCUGCUGGCCAACCCCCACGAGCUCUCCUUGCUGAAGGAACGCAACCCCCCUCUGGCCGAGGCGCUGCUGAGCGGGGACCUGGAGAAAUUCACUCAGGUUCUGGUGGAGCAGCAGCAGGACCGAGCGCGCCGGGAGCAGGAGAGGAUCCGUCUCUUCUCCGCUGACCCAUUUGACCUGGAAGCUCAGGCCAAGAUCGAGGAGGACAUUAGGCAGCAGAACAUUGAGGAGAACAUGACCAUCGCGAUGGAAGAGGCCCCCGAGAGCUUUGGCCAGGUGGUGAUGCUGUACAUCAACUGCAAGGUCAACGGCCACCCCGUGAAGGCCUUCGUGGACUCGGGUGCUCAAAUGACCAUCAUGAGCCAGGCGUGUGCAGAGCGGUGCAACAUCAUGCGACUGGUGGACCGGCGCUGGGCCGGCAUCGCCCGGGGCGUGGGCACCCAGCGUAUCAUUGGCAGGGUGCACCUGGCUCAGGUGCAGAUCGAGGGGGACUUCCUUCCGUGCUCCUUCUCCAUCCUGGAGGAGCAGCCCAUGGACAUGCUGCUGGGCCUGGACAUGCUGAAGAGACACCAGUGCUCCAUUGACCUCAAGAACAACAUGCUGGUGAUCGGCACCACCGGCUCCCAGACCUCUUUCCUGCCUGAAGGGGAGCUUCCCGAAUGUGCCAGGCUGGCUUACGGGCCGGGCCGGGAGGACAUGCGGCCCGACGAGCUGGCCGAUCAGGAGCUGGCUGAAGCCCUUCAGAAGUCUGCCGACGAAGCAGAGACUAGCGAUACAGAAACUACCUCACGGCGUGAAGCUCCUUCACAACCAACGUCGGACGGCUUUAAACCUCCGGGUUCUCUUCCAGAACGUGGUCCGAAGACUAGCGACAGUCCCGCCAGCCGAUCGCUCGAUCGCUCGGCCUCUGCUCCCGCCGUUGGCUCCCCCCCGAGCGGCCGGGCACAGCCUGAAAGUCCCAGAGCUGGGAAAUCCCUAGAUUCUCUCCUGGCGCCCCGGGGGUGGCUGGGGAGCGAGAAGCCGCCAGCCUCCCAGCUGCAUCUGCCUGGCGCCGGGGCUCACUCCCCCCCUGGGGGCUCAGCUACCUCCCAAAAUGUACACGCUGCUUCCCGCGGCCCAGCGGAGGAGGCUGCUCCUGGCCACGAGCCUCAGGGGAUGGAGGGAGAGAGCAGCCCGGGCAGGGCGUCCCCGGAGGCGAGCGAGCCCGGCAUCCCCCUGCUGCUAGAGCCCGCGGAGCUUCCUCCAGUUUUCAAGAGGUGCAGGACCCCCACGGGCGAACGGAGGGAGCCUGGGCCCGUGGGGGACGCUUCCUCGCCGCUGGCCGCUGCUGCAGAAGGGGGAGAGGUUUCCCGAGGGGGCGAAGAGAGGCCGGAGGGGGCCCUGGCCCAGCCGCCAGGAGAUGACCGCUCGCUUGAAGGCCCCCCCGGCCCAGAGGCCUCGGACCCACACCACCUCGAGUCGGCUGACCUGAGCGCCCCGGACCCCGGGAUGGAGCUGGAGUUGCACAAACGCCGCGGCCUACCUCUGUCCCUUGGUCUGCCCCCAGCGAGUCGCGGAAAUGUCGCGGUUGACCGGCCCAGGGAUCAAGACGAAGAGCCGGGCAUCUCUCUCGCCUCGGCCCUGAAGGAGCUCCACCGCCUCCUGGUCGUGAGUGCGAAGCACGACUUCCGAAGUCGGCAGGAAGAGAGCCGCCCCUUGCUGGAGGCUCCCCCCGAAGGGCCGGCUGCGGGCGAGGAGGCCUCGUCCUCCCGAGAGCAAGCGAGGCAGGACACGGGCCUCUCCUGCCCAACCGCGACAGAGAUGCUGGAGGAGCCCCACUUAGAGGGGGGGCAGCAAAGGGUCUCUGGCUGUGGCGACUCCGUCCCAGCAAGCCCUUCGGCGGUGCGGCCUCUGCCGCCGGCCGAAGAAUGCCCGGGAAUCCCGGCCCAGCACUUAUCCUCCGGGCAGCUUCCCAGCUGUGCGGCAGCAGGGCCGAGCUCUCUUGCCUCGCUGGGCCCGGAGUCCCGGAGUGGUUGCAGCCCUUCCCCCAAAGAAGGGGGUGCCUCCAGCAUCUCCCCGGAAGUAGAGGCCAAGCAGCAGCAACCUCUGGAGCAGCUGUCCGAACCCUUGUCCUUCCCCGGGGCUUCAGAGACCCGCGCUCCUCCUGCCCUGGCUGCAAACCUGGAUCAGAUUGUGGGGGCUGGCUUUACACCCCAGGAAGCUGGGGAAGCGCUGGAGCACGCGGGGGGGAACGCCGACCUGGCCCUGCUCAUCUUGCUAGCCAGGAACAUCGUGGUCCCCACGUAGCCAAGACUGCCUUUCUGGAAGAGGCCCCCCCCCCCCGCGUCUCAUGACGAAGUUUGAUUCAGCUGUACUUUUUUUUUUUUUCCUUUAGAAAGCAGGAAAGAAAAAUACCCCUUUAUUUUCAACCAGGUCAUCUCCUAAUUUGCCUUGUUGAAUUUGGGCCAUUUAAAAGAAGCAAAUAUUGGUAUUGUACGGAAACCGCCAUCCCUCAUUACUCUUAUUCUGGCUACGUUGAUGGAAUAAACUUUAUUUAAAUAUAUGGUUUUAUAGAACAGUAUGCAAAUGUAGGGUUUAGGAACUACAGGCCCGGCUCCGAAGGGGUGCUUGCCUUGGUGAAGUGCCACGGGGCAGAGACUUUAGGAGUAGGGGCAGAAUGUGGCACCCCUUUUUAUCUCCAGGGAGGGACACCGCGUGCCAGUCACUGCUUAGCCUGCAGUCAUGGGUGAAAAUCAGUUCCAGGGCAGAGCGCGCCAAGAGGCAGCACUUUUGGGGUACUGUGGGGUAAAGCUGCACCCACAAGGUCAGCUCUUCAGGGUUUUAAGGCUGGUUCCGAGGGAAAAGACCCCGGGGGUGUGUGUCCUUUUGGCCAUUCAUGGUGCAGGCCGAAUCGCAGCUUAGCAGCUUUGGGUGUGGGGGUGGAUUGGCAUGACGGCGCCGGGCUUGGUGGGAUGGCAGAGCUAGGGCAGAGAGAAGGUUGAUGAAGGAGCUGGCGCUUGCCCAUUUUUCCCCGGGGGGAUGCUAGGGCAGGGGUCUGCCUGCUGGGAGCCCCCCUUAACGGUGUGUCCUUUGAAAUGAAAGGGAAUUUGUAGCUGCUGAUAAUACUUUUAGGGGGGCAGGAACGCACCCCUUUGGAGACAAUUGACGGCCCUGAUUCCGCCGCCAGGACUGGCUCUUGAAGUUAAGAAAGGGUGGGGGGGCUUCCAUUAUGUGUUUCUGAACUUGCUCUGCCGCUGAAGAAAUCGGGCGGAAAUCUUGUCCCCAUAAUUCAGCGCAAUCGGGGAGCUUUGAAAUGAGGGGGGCCACACAAGCGGUGUUUCUCUUUUGGUUUGACAACGCUGUGGCGCUCUGCUGGGAUUGUUGAUCUCAAAGGGCAGGGGAGGUGCAGUGGGGAGACCCACAACUUUUUUAUGGGGAGGCGGGGGGGGUGUUUCUGCAUGGCAGGGGUUCCCUUAACGGGGUCCCCCUGCAGGUGCCUGUCGCUGGAUAUGUGUGCUGCAGAGGGACCAAACCUCUGGGUUACAGCCGCAACGGGGCAAGAGAGUCCUGGAGCCCAGCCAAGGAGGCGAUGCUUUUGGGAAACGCACCCUUGUGUGACUUUCAAGGGCGGCACUUCCUGGCAGACCGCGCGAGAGAGAGAGCCUGACUGGAGGAUGGUCCUGACGGCUUCAGCUCCCAUUGUGAGAGUCCGCAAAGCAGUUGCCGCCACGGAGCGUUUGCGUAGAAUUCAAGGAGCAGCAGCACUGGAUCUUGCUCCCUCGUACACCGAGUGGACGCAUGGGCCACCGGUUGCCAUACUUGAGUCGGGUGCCUUGGUACACCCAGCGACCGAAGCCUCUCUCAGGAAUCUGCCUGCCUUGUGGCAGCCCUUCGCCCUCCUUCGGCCCUCUCGGCUAGUGGUGCUGGGUGGUACCAGAAGAUGGUGGGGCUCUUGGCCGUUGAUCAGGUGUCAUCUUUGUAGCUCACAUCUUUUUCUUUUUUUUAAACCAAAAAUAAGGACAUAUUGGGGGGGCAGGUUGCUUCUCAUCUGGGAGAAAUAUGUAAACGUUUUGGAUUUUAAAAAAUAAAGAUGUGUUUUUUUCUCAGA